AUGCCUAACUGCGUUGUUACCGGGUGCAGGAGCAGACCUGGGAGAACUGGGCAUGAAGUAAUAACUCUUCAUGUCUUUCCCAGUAAAAGAUUUUUAGCCAGAAAAUGGCUGGAGCAGACUCGACAAAAUUUUGUUAAUAUAGAACAAAUUUUAGAUAUUAUAACUGACCCAAAAUAUCAGUCUACGUACCGGAUCUGCUCCAGACAUUUUGAGGACAGUUCCUUUGAGUUGAGGGGAUCAAAGCGUUUUUUAAAACCGGAUGCACUGCCUUCAAAAUUCAAUUUUGAAGCAGGUCUUCCUUGCAUAGCUGAAGAGGUAUUCCAUAGGCAUAAAAAAACCAAAGCAAUGGAUGUAAACACAUCAUUGGCCUCUACCUCUGUAACUCACUUUGAGCUUGCCAAGAUUAUGUGCGAUGCCUCAACUUCGACUGAAGAUUUAAAUUGUACAAGGGAAAUAUCAAUUCAGACAGACUGUAUACCAGUGGAAGAGGCAAUUGAAUUUGCCAAAUCCACUUACCAUGAGGCACGAAUUUUAAAAUGUAUAAAAAUGGAGCAUUCAUAUUGUAAAGACAUGCCUAUUAUCUUAGAGACUGAAGUGUUCAGUCCAUCUAAGAUAAUAACUUCAACCCCUAUUAAAAUUAAAGAUAAAGAAAUGGAAUUAGGAACCAUUACAGAGGACCCAAAUGAAGAUCCAAUGGAUCUUUUGGAUUUUUUUAACCAAGAUAUUGCAGAACUACACAAUGUAUCUACAUAUAUUGACAGUAGUGCCGCAAUUAAGGAGUCAGACUUAGAGAGUACUUUGAAUGUCUCCAAAGAGCAAAAGCGUGAUCCAGACUAUGUCAUGGAUAGUUUUUGCACUAUGGAUACAUCCACUGAUUUAGAUUUGACCACUGAGGAAUCAAAUAUUGAAUUUCAGUGUGUAACUGACCGUAAAUUUGUAGUAUUUGAAUCUUGUCUAGAUUUGUUAUGCUACAAAAUCCCAUGCCAGAAAAACUUGCACUGUACAUCUAAAAUUUUUCUCUUAUAA